GCGAGUCGGCAUUCGCACAGAAGCCUCAGCAGGCAACACGCGACAUCCUUGAGGCGACGGCGAGCGACGCGCGCGCCGAUACCCCCGGCCUGCCCACGCGCAUCCUCCCUCUAGUGCAAUACGCAGGGUGACGAUGAAACGUUGGUGAUAGGUGACCGCGGAAUAUCUCUAACGUGAUCUCAUAUCGGACUUAUAAAGUGAAAAAGUGAAUUAUACAAAAUGGGUCUAGACUUCUUAGAACAUGGAGCAGACUUCGAAGCUGCAAUAUCGGCGACAGGUUUCGGUCGCUUCCACUUCUGCCUGCUGGCGGUCACCGGGUUGAUCUACGCGAACACUGCCAUCGGUAUCACUAUAGUGUCGUUCGUCUUGCCGGCGGCGACAUGUGACUUCCGAAUGACUUCCUCGGACAAGGGCUGGCUCACUGCCGCACCUAUGUUGGGCAUGGUGCUCGGAUCAUACUUCUGGGGCUGCUUGGCAGACACGAAAGGCCGUAAAAUUGUGCUGGUCUCGACCCUGUUGAUGGACGGUAUCGUCGGAAUUAUCUCCUCCUUCGUACAAAUCCUGCCCGUCUUCAUGGCUUGCCGAUUCAUUAACGGUUUCUCUGUUGCUGGCGCUAUGGGUAUCUGCUUCCCCUACUUGGGUGAAUUCCAACAGACCAAAUACAGAGAGAAGAUCCUCUGCUGGAUGGAAAUGUUCUGGACCCUCGGAGUCAUCUUAUUGCCAUUGAUCGCUUGGGGCAUCAUCCCUAUCACCGGCAUCCGUAUCGAAAGCGGCAGCUUCUCCUACGACUCCUGGAACUGGUUCGUGGCCGCUUGCGGUGUUCCCUCCCUGAUGCUCGGCUUCUGGCUGUUCUACUUCCCCGAGAGCCCCAAGUUCAUGAUGGAGUGCGGCGACUACGACGAUGCCCUUAAGGUCCUCAAGAGCAUCUACAGACAAAACACCGGUGAUGAUCCCGAAAACUACCCGAUCAAAAGCCUCAAGGAAAAAGUACGAACCGUGUCUGUAGGCUCUCAGACCUCUGUAAAAUCCGUCCGAAGCUUGAGCAUGCGCAAACCCAAGGACCUCAAGCGAUUGUUCUCUGAAAUCUGGGUGCAGACCAAGGCUCUGUGCAGGCCGCCCUACCUCAAAUACACCAUCCUUACCUGUAUCAUCCAGUUCGGAUUGACCACCAGUUACUACACCCUCAUGAUCUGGUUCCCCGAGCUGUUCAACCGUUACGAGGAGUUUGAGCACCGUUUCCCCAACACCUCCGCCUCAGUGUGCGAUGUCUCCGGUAUCGUGGUCGUGGAUGAAUACGAAGGCGAUCCCUUCGACUGCUUGAAGACCAUCGACUCCAGCGUGUAUAUGCACACCUUGAUCGUCGGUCUGGCUUGCAUCCCGACCUCUCUGUGGCUGCCUCUUUGCGUACACAAACUUGGUGCUAAGUUCUUCUUGAUCUUCAGUUUGGGCUUCGCCGGCGUAGUGACAGUCGGCCUGUACUUCGUACAGAACUCCACUCAGAACCUGGUGCUGUCGUGCAUCUUUGAAGCCCUCACCUCACUCGCCAUCAGUUUGGUGUUCUGCGUGCUGGUCGACUUGUUCCCUACAAACCUCAGGGUAAUGGCAGCCGCGCUCUCCCUAACAGCGGGUCGAGGUGGCGGUCUGAUCGGCAACCUGUCCUUCGGCUACCUCAUCGACAUCAACUGUGUCAUCCCCAUCGUCGUCUUCUCGGCAUUCCUUUUCAUUGCUGCAAUACUCUGCUUCUUCUUGCCAAAGACCGGACAGGAAGCCCUAGAUUAAGCUACAAACGGUUAUUUAUUCAUAGAUAAUACAAUUAGACUGUCUACAAUACAUAGUUAUUAUCACAUUGUCAGAGUGAUUGUACAUAACGUAGGAUGUUAAUAAGGACGUUUACUUAUAAAUAAUUUAUUGUGAAAAGACAACUGUCACCAAAUUACUGUGUAUCAGUAUGCUAUGUCUAUAAAACAUAAGUGAUGAACAUUACAGUAUUUUAGUGUUGACUGUGUAAUAUAAUUCAAUUAAAUUAUUAUUAUUAUAAUAAAGGUUGAUUACCUGCCUACUUA